UGAAUUCUUAAUACAUGCAGCAGAUGUUGAAGGAUUAUGUCAGGGCAUCGAUACAGAAAUUGUUGAAUGUGUGUUAUAUAGAAAGUGGACUACAAUACCUACAACUUAUGCAGGUGGUGCAAAUU